CAUGCUCACCGGCCCUAACGGUGAGCAGAAGCCUCGCAAGCUGCGAGCUUCCUGCGACGCCUGCUCCCGUGCCAAAGUCAAGUGCGACAAAGUCAGGCCAACCUGUCACAGGUGUGGUAAUAUGGGAAUCUGCUGCAACUACUCCCCCUCGAUGAGGUUAGCCAUACCAUCUCUAUGCUGCAGCCCCUAGACUCACAAAACGUAGAUUGGGCAAGCCCCGCAAGAACAGGAACCCGGAUGGUACCAUUAUGCGCGACGUAUCACCGGCUAGCUCAUGCGGUCCGUUGAACUUGAACCAGCGUCCCGACAUGAUUCCCCGCACUGCUUCCUACACUACAGAGAGCUCCCCAGAGCCCUCAGAUCCAUUCUUCUUCGGCCCCGCGACUCCAGAGUACCAUUUCCAGGAUGCUUACUUGCCAAAUGCGUUCGAAGGCGGUCAUUCACCUUUCUCUGAGACCAGCUCCUUCAUUAAUGGCUGGUCUAACGAUGACCACCUGAUGUUCACAACUCCAACCGAGAUGUUUACCAGCAUGCCUCAACUCUCCACAUCUCCAUAUGCAAGCCACGUGCGAACUUCGAGCAUGCACAGCCAACCCGAGAUGUUCUCCCCAAUGGAGGGUCUAAACUCGCCCUUGGCUAGCCCAACUUUCUUUGGGAUGUCGGACCAGCAGAACCUCCCCAUGUUCGCCCAUGAUAAGACGACGGUGACUUCACCGGCUAUGUCUCGGUCUCCUCUGCCCACUCCUCCUGCUUCCACGACCACUUCAAACCACGACUGCACUCAGUUCGCUUUCCAGACGCUCAACAGCCUUUACUCACCGCCCACUUCGCCACCGUCUGCCGGAGCCUUUAACGGCUCAUCCCACGGUCUACCCACCCUUGAGACAGUCAUCUCUACCAACAAGUCCGCUGUUGACAAGCUCUUCGUGCUAUUGGGCUGCUCAUGCUCUUCCAACCCGCACUUCUCCACGACUAUUGCAUUCACCAUUGUGAAGAUCCUCUCAUGGUACCAAGCAAUCUCUGGUGCAAGCUCUGAGGGUGACUCUAUUAUGAACACUCAGAUGGAGGUUUUCUCGCAGUCUCCCGCCUCUAUGGGCGAUUACAGCCCUAUGAGCGACAACGAGGAUUCCUUCCGGGCCCAGCUUGUUCUGACCGAGCUUCGCAAGGUCGAGAAGCUCAUUGACAAGUUCUCUGAGCGCUACACCAAGAACACCAACCACGCCGAGACCGGCAUCGACGGCGGUGUCUACAGCGCCUUGGAGUCUCUGCUCCGGACCCGCGUGCGCGACACUUUCAAGGUGACCAUGCGGAACGCACCCGAUGACAUCAAGCGACAGGUCGCUUCGCGAUCGCAUCAGCGCUCACGUACGCACACUCUCUGAUCUGGCUUGCUCCUGCGACUUAGCGACUGUACAUUCUUAUCUCUUCGCUUCCUGUCUAUGCUUUGUCUUUCCAAUACACCGUCACGAUUGCGCAUUAUAGACUUUGGGCUUUACGGCCACCGGAAGGGGCUUUCCGUUUCCUGUACGAUGCCUCGCUUGCCUGCCUUUUGCCUGGUUUGGGGGGAAAUAGACUUCGCUUCUUGUGUACAUAUUUUUGGAAAGAAGAAGACAGGCAAGGGGCAGUGUAGCAUGCUGCGUGCUGCGUGCUGCGUCCGCGUCACACGCAGCACGCAAUAUACGCUUGCAGGGGCAGCGUGUCCGCGAGGCAGCGGCUUCCACGACGAA